AUGAAAUGUGGUUUGUGCGACUCGACGUGUGGAGGGAAGUGUGAUCCAACAGACGGUCAUUGCACAGGGUGCCAAAGCAACUAUGUUUUGUAUCAAACAAACAAUUUGAAGUGCCAAAAAUGCUCUGAUUUUGAUGGCAACUGUGUCACAUGCAACUCCAAUUAUGAAAGAAAGUGUACCACAUGCAACACUGGAUAUUAUCCAAACGCAGACGGGAAAUGCAUACCAUGUGAAGCAUCGUGUGCUCCCAACAUGUGUAACACGUCAAAUGGCAACUGUGACAAAUGCACUGAAAACAAAGUUAUCACAAAUCCAAUUUCAAAUGUUUGCGUUGAUUGCACUGCUUUUGAUUCAAGGUGUGUGACGUGUUCACCAUCGUUUGCUCGAAAGUGUGUCAAUUGUGUUGCUGGUAGUUACCCACAAACCGCUGGCGAUUUCAGAUGUAAAUAUUGUGAUGCCACAUGUGGAGGAAAGUGUGACACGACAAAUGGACAUUGUACUGGGUGUAACGAAUCGUAUGUUCCAACAACAUCAGAUCCGUUUAAGUGUGAAAGUUGCCAAACAUUCGACUUCAAUUGUGCGACUUGUGUUUCUGAUAAAAGAGAGUGUGCUGUUUGCAAACCAGGGAAAUACCCAAAUGAUUCUUCUAAAGUAUGCCAAGACUGUGACUCGACAUGUAACGGAGAUUGUAACACAGCAAAUGGUAUUUGUAACACGUGUUCAUACAAUUACGUUUUCAAUGAACCAAAAGGAAGAAGUUGUGUGCCAUGUGCUACAUUUGACAGACAUUGUGUGACUUGUGCUUCUGAUUAUUCAAAAAAGUGUGUAAAGUGUUCAAAUGGGUAUUACCCCGACUCAAAUGGAAAGUGUGUUGCGUGCUCAACAAUAACCAACAAUUGCAACAAUUGUAAUAAAACAGAAAAAAGUUGUUUCGGUUGCAAAGACCCGUAUUACCUCUCAAAUCAAAAGUGUUUUUCAUGUGAAGCUGGGACUUACAAAAAGACGGAGACCACAUGUGACAAGUGUUACAAUGCUAUUUUGAAUUGUAAGAAUUGUGGAACAGAUUCUGUUGGCAAUGCGAAGUGCAACAAUUGUUAUCCACCAUACACUUUAAGUUCAAAUGGUAAUAGUUGUGACCAAUGUGAUUCAGCUUCAUAUUAUGACAAAACAACAAAUCGCUGUGUAAAUAAAAAUACAACUUGUGCUGUACAAAUUGAAAGCACUAAAUGUGUCCGUUGCACUGAUAUUUAUUUUGUGUCAAAUGGGGUGUGUAAAAGUGCUCAAAACUGCAACAGCCCAUCGAGUCUGUCACCGGCUUCAUGUGAUUGUUCAGACCAAAUUUCGAUCAAUUCUGAUUGUGCGUCAAUUGCUUCAUAUUGCAAAUAUCAGACAACAAUAGCAUUAACUUCAACAUGUUUAAUGUGCAAAGACAGUUUUAUUUUAUCACCAAAUGCAUGUAACCAAAUAGAAUCAAAUGAAUUGUAUAGAAAUGGUGUGAAGUACAGUUGUUGGGAUGGAAAAUAUAUUAGUAAUAACAACGUAUGCGAAAUGUGUCCAAAUUCAGCUUUAAUUUGUAUUAAUUAUGGCAACAAAAUUUACACAAUAAAAUGCACACCAAACACAAUACAAAAAGUUGGAACAGAACAAUGUAUAACAGAUGAGUUGUGUUUGCAAUAUACACAUAAUUACUGCUCUAAAUGCAAGUCGGUGUCAUCACAAAUCAUCAAUGGAAUAUGCACAGCCUGCCAAACACCAAACUGCAAAUUUUGCGAAGGAAACAAGUGCAAGCGAUGUGCCAACGAUUAUUUGAUGGUCAAAGAGAAUCAAUGCGUUUUUCAAAAUAAACAAAACUGUGACAAAUCGAGUGUAUCUGGAUGUGUGUUGUGUUCAAGUGGGUUUUAUCAAGUUGACUCUUUGAACGUUGAAGGCAAAUUCGAUUUCUGUCUUCCAAUACCCCCAACACUAUAUCCAAAUUGUAAACGACUUGCUUUUUCUAAAAACAAAUGUGUAGAAUGUAACGAUUUAUUCAAAUUGAAAGGUGGGGUAUGUAAGGAAUCGUUCGAAGAUGAAGCUCCUGUUGUUCCACCAGAAACGGAACCCAAACUUCCUGUCUCUGUUAUAUCCAAUUCACAUAUUAAAUAUUUACCAUUUUUGAAAGGAGUUACUGGGUCCAAAUGUCAAAUAAGAGACAACAAAGGAUGUCAACGGUGUAAUGAUGGAUAUUACGAUGAAAAUAAUGAGUGUGUGAAAUGCACCAACGAUUGCAGUUCGUGUUACUCACAGACAUAUUGUACUUCAUGUGAAAGUGGGUAUUAUCUUGACUCAAUAAAUAAAUGCCAGACCCUUGGUGAUUUGGGUGCCAAAUGCAGUGUCGCAAUUCCAACAGGUGGUGGAUGUGCUAUCUGUAGAGAUGGAUAUUAUAAAGUGCUUAAAGAUUGUAUAGUAUGUGACAUUUCAUGUAGUUCAUGUAUAAGCAAUACUUCGUGUUCUGUAUGUGCAGAUGGCUAUUUCAUUGUUGAGUCCGAAAGUCGCUUGUGUCAACAUAACACAACAAAUACAAACUGUUUAAAAGUUGGGUAUUAUGGCUGUGAAGUCUGUGCUGAUGGAUAUUACUUAUCACAUUCGCGUUGUACAAAAUGUGAGAAAUUGUGCACAUCCUGUAUUUCACAAAAUGUGUGUACAAAUUGUGUAUCAAAAGAAUACGUUUUAUAUGAUUCUAAAUGUGUACACUACUCUAAAAUACCAAAUUGUAUUGAGGCUACAGAUUCAAAGUGUGUAAGAUGCAAUGGGUAUAACAAACCGUCUGAAAGUGGUGACAGUUGUAUUCAAACGGUAAAUAUGGGAGCGGCAAUUGGUAUUCCAAUAUCGAUUCUACUAGUGAUGAUAAUAAUUGUUUUAUUGAUAGUGAUUACUCUUAUUGUAAUAUUCAAGAGGAAUCAGAAGAAAGAAAAGCUCAAAGUGUGCACAUACAAGAUGAGUCGCUCGAACAUCAAGAUGUCGACAUUAGUGGACAAUAUAGUAGUUAAUAAAUCCAAAUUGAAGUUUGACUUAGAAACGGACGAUCUUAUUCCUGUUGAUAAAGAGACAAAAGACUUGAUCUGCAUAGGAAACACUUCAAAACAUAAUAUGAAAGUCCAAUUUAGUGUUAUUGAAGGGUGUGAUUCAUACAAAAUUCGCACAGUUCCUUCCAUUGUUACACUGAAAAGGGGCGAAGCCUGUGAAUUUGAGAUAUUUAUACAACCCCUUUGUACAUGUAAAAUAGAAGAAGACGUGAUGAUCACUUCACUUGAUUUAACAACAGGAAUUGUUGUGAACGCCAAAAUAGGAAUUGACACAACGACACAACAAACGACCAAACUUAAUUAUAAAGAACUUGAUGUGAUCACCAAACUUGGCGAAGGAUCAUUUGGCAUUGUGUAUAAAGGCAAUUACAGAGGAAAUAUAGUAGCCAUUAAAAAGAUGAAACAAAUUGCUUCCCCAAACACAGUUACAAGUAAUUUUACUGAUGAAAAGAAGUCACUUGAUGAAUUUGAAAAUGAAGUGAACAUGUUGGACAAAUUUAGAAGUGAGUAUAUCGUCCAUUUUUAUGGCGCUGUGUUUAUACCAAACAAGGUGUGUAUGGUCACUGAAUAUGCACAUUUUGGGUCUUUAAAUGAUGUUUUAAAACAAAGAAAAACGGAUGAAAUUAACACCAGAAUGCGUGUUAAAAUUAUGUUAGAUGCAGCAAGAGGAAUUCAAUAUCUCCAUGAGAAUGGGAUUUUACACAGAGAUAUUAAACCAGACAACAUUCUCAUAUUUUCAUUGGAUAAUAACGAACGUGUCAAUGCAAAGCUGACUGAUUUUGGAUCAUCUAGAAAUGUCAACAUGCUGACAACAAACAUGACAUUCACAAAAGGUAUCGGAACACCAAAUUACAUGGCACCUGAAAUAUUAAAAAUGGAACACUACAAGAAACCAGCAGAUAUAUACUCGUUUGCGAUAACUAUGUACGAGUGCUUUGGGUGGUGCAAUGCUUUUUCAGAAAAACAGUUCAAGUUCCCAUGGAAAAUUACAGAGUUUGUGACACGAGGAGAACAUCUUGAAAAACAAAGUUCGAUGUCUGAUGAACAGUUUGGUGUCAUUCAAAAAUGUUGGUGUAAAAAUCCAAUUGAGAGAAUCGAAAUUGGCGAAGUUGUCAACUUGGUUAAUGGCUUGAUAAACAAGUGA